AAAUUAAACACGGCAAAAGAGGUAAUAAAAAACUAACUAUAUGUGAUUCUAUAACGUCAUCACAAUCCCUUUCAACGACGUCGUAGCAAGGACGUUCAGCUCUCUUCCGCGCCUGUUGUCCGUCUACAUUCAUAAACCUGCGUCUGGGUCUCUGGAGGGUCCCUGAUUAUUUCGCGGAGCUUAAUUGGUGUGGAGUGGAGUGGACCCAUUCGAUUCGAUCCGGUCCGAUACCGAUCCGAUACGAUAACGAAGAAUGCAAUUCUUCGGCAGUUCAGAUAUCAGCCCGUCGCCGACGGUGCCAACGGCAUCGGGGAACAACGCCCACAUGAUGUACGUCUUCAAUAGGAACGGCGUUUGCUUGCUUUACAGAGAAUGGAAUCGACCUCUUCGCACCCUCGAUGCCCAGCAAGACCAGAAGCUUAUGUUCGGCUUGCUCUUCUCCCUCAAGUCCUUGACUGCCAAGAUGGACCCCACCACUGCGGAGAAGGGGAACCUUGGGGUGCCUCAAUUGCCAGGCCAGGGUUGUUCCUUUCACAGCUUUCGUACUAAUACUUACAAGCUCAGUUUCAUGGAAACUCCUUCUGGAAUCAAGCUAAUUUUGGUUACUCAUCCAAGGACUGGUGAUUUACGAGAGCCACUGAAGUACAUUUACAACUUGUAUGUCGAAUAUGUGGCCAAGAACCCUCUAUAUACUCCCGGAACUCCAAUCAGGUGUGAGCUUUUCAACACAUCUCUUGACCAAUAUGUAAGGAGCAUUGCUUAAAAACCAAGGUAAAAGUUGAAUCACCAUUAUCUAGCCGUCUAAAAUACCAUUUGAAAACGAUGAUAAAUCUCUCUGCUUUUUCUCUUA